AUGAACGAACGCCCCAAUAUUCUUUUUAUCAACACCGAUCAGCACUCGUGGGAUGCAAUCUCGGCUUACGGAAAUCCGUUCCUUCGGACACCCAAUAUCGAUGAACUUCAUCGGAACGGAACCUCCUUUCGCAGGUCGUUCUGUACCGACCCAGUGUGUGCCGCCGCUCGUUCCAGUUGGGCGACAGGUUUAUAUACCUCCGAAACAGGUGUUCCGUUUAACGGUGGAUAUUUGCACCCAGAGAUUCCUGAUCUUGGGCAAUUGCUCAACACAGGUGGUUAUAAGGCAUUCCACUGCGGCAAGUGGCAUGUUCCGGGCAGAAAUGUCCGCGAGAGUUUUCAGACCCUCUAUUACGGGCGACGGGACAUUGGGGCAGGCGGUGCCGCAUACUACGAUUCAGCAUCCACUCACGCAGUUGCUGAUUUCUUGACGAACUACGAUGGCGACGAUCCGUUUUAUCUCCAGAUCGGUUACGUUGAUCCGCACGACGUGUGCGAAUAUUUGCACAACCAUGAGGAAAAACGUAUCCCAAAUCCACUGGAGCAGGGAAUAGUUUCGGAAGACGAUCUGCCGCCGCUUCCAGAAAACUUCGAUUACGAUGAACGGGAGACGGUGUUACAUCGGGUCUGCCGAAGGGUUGACGACGCGCUUAUCCACGCGGCUAUUCUUAAAGGGAUCCGUGGUUGGGAUGAACGCCAUUGGCGUUAUCUGAGAUGGAACUAUUACAGGUUCAUCGAAAAAGUUGAUGCAGAGAUCGGAAGAGUCCUCGCGCUGCUGCGAGAGACAUCGCUGCACCACAAUACGCUCAUCAUCUUCAGUGCGGACCACGGGGAGGCAUGCGGUAGCCACCAGAUGUUCCAGAAAUUUACGCUCUAUGAAGAGAGCGUGAGAGUGCCGUUCAUCGUCGCGUGCUUGGGAGAAGAGGUUCCUAUAGAGAAAGAUCGGUUUGACGAAACGCAUUUCGUCUCUGGUGUCGAUCUAUUCCCUACCGUCUGUGAUUACGCCGGUAUUGAGGUGCCUGAUGGGGUACAGGGACUAAGUGUCCGUCCAUUGGCAGAGGGGAGAGAUGCUCCUUGGCGCGAUUACGCCUACAUAGAGAGCAAUUACUGGGGACGCGCAGUUGUCACUGAUCGGUAUAAAUACGUUACAGAAUACAAACCUACUUCUAACAGCAAGUUUGGGGUAGAGGACUUCCAGCCUCCUGGACCAGAUGCCGAUCAGCUUGGGUUCGCGCAGUUGUUUGACCGGCACGACGAUCCGGGAGAGACAGAAAACCUCGCACAGGAUACAGACUACGGUGAAGUCAUUGAAACGUGCCGAGAAAAACUGUUUACCCAAGAAGCGAGACUCCAUCGGCAGCAAAUCGUGCAUCCGAGUCCAAAGCAAGUAAUAUCGAAUUGGGGUGAGCGGUUACGAACAUAUUGGGAGAAAGACGAAUAA